CUUCUGCCUGACAUCCAUCUGAGGUUCAAGAAAUGCUCCUUUCCAUUACCUUAUAAAACAUGAGGAAAAACCAAUGAAAUGAACCCUGGCACGAAAGAUAUAAAAUCUAAAAAUCUAUCUUGAAUUAUCAUCAUUUAAUUACGAUCAAGCAAUAUUUCUAAAUAUCAAUCAUGUCCAAGGACGAUGCAUGUAAAGUGACAUCUGCCAGCAAACACAAGGAGCGCAAGCCCAAGAAGCCUCACUAUAUUCCCCGGCCAUGGGGCAAACCCUACAACUACAAAUGCUUCCAGUGCCCCUUCACCUGCAUGGAGAAGUCCCACCUGUACAACCACAUGAAGUACAGCCUGUGCAAGAACUCCCUUUCUUUGCUCAUAGAGUCAGACUGGCCCUAUAAAAAGGGCAAUAUCCUGCACCCAGAACAGCUACGACCCUUUCAGCAGGCACAUCACGCCACAGGGAAAGAUGGGAUAGAGCAAGUGACACGGAGUGAGGAGGGACAACGGCAACGGAGGGCCAUGGAAGAGGAAGGUGAGGACAAGGAAAGCCAGGGAGCAGAAGAUGAAGAAGAGGGAGGACGAGGAGAGGGAGUAGAGGUCACCAGGCUGACCAAAGAGUGCUCCAGUGAUCGCAGCAGAGGAGACGGUGAAGAGUUUGCUGCAAAGAAAAUCAAACAGCCGGAGUCGGAGAUUCUGAUGGCUGACAUGCUGUCCCUGGAAGAUCAGCUUUUACGAGCACGCUCAGUAGAGGUCGAGGCCCAGCUGAAACACUACAAGCUGUCCAAGACGUAUCUGACAGCUCCCAGUCUGCUGUCGGAGCAGUGGCGGCUGCUCGCGUCCAGCCACACUAAGGCUAAAGCUGAAGGUGUUCAGCCCCGAGUGAGUGGUUCAAUCCCCUGUUACCCUCCUCCGCCAAACCUGGUGGACUACCAGGAUCCCACCGGACUCAACCUGUCAGUGCUCGGGGUGGGCUACCCCAUCAGCCCCAGCCUUUUCUCCUACAUGAACUCAGCUCUCCCCGCUGCUGCCACGGGCGUCACCACCCAGACCCAGCUCGCCCAGCUCCCCUUCCUGGCGUCGGCCGCUCAGCUGAUGCACCCAGCCUCCAGCACCCACGCAGACAGAGGUCUCAUCCCCCCUCGCCUCUACUACCCCUUCCUGUGUGAGCACACGUUCGGACCGGCCUCCAGUCAGAGUGACGCCAGCAAAUCGCUCAAGACGUCCACAAACAGUCUAGAAGCAAAUCCCCUGUCCGGAUUCCAGCCGAAAGUCAAUCUGUGGAAAGUGCCUGCUCUGCGGCCAGGGACCGCCGCGGUCUCCCCUGCUGGCUGGGUGUCCCCUCAGAGAGAGUCCCCAGAACAGGGCUACAGGUUGGGGGAUAAACUGCAAGCUACAGCCAAGGAGGGCAAAGCAAGCUGGGGCCUCAAGAGGACAGGGGCCCCACUGGGGAACCAAGAGGCACCUGUGGAGAAAAAGCCGGCCAUGGCUGGUUUUACUCUGGACCUUUUGAAGAAUAUUCAGACUGCAUCAACUCUUAAUAUGGCAGCAGAUAAACUUCUCUUCCAUGGAAGUUUACAGGAUGCUCAGCUUCCGGCCCGGCCCACUGAACUGUGGUACAACGACGCUGUCACCAGCCCCAACAGUGAAACCUCCUCUCAUUCCACCUGCGGGGGACCCAACAGUCAGGACCCGACUGCUGCCCGGACCUCAGAGGGAGCCUCAGAGUCUGUUGCUGCUCUCCUCAGUGACCUCUCCAAGGCCUUGCAGGAGUACCAGGAGGCCGAACGCAAAAUUUCCCACCUGGAGAAGGAGGACCUUCCCGCCCAGCGUCACCUCUGGGAACACCUGAGCAAAAUCCGCAGCGAGCUCUCCCACAUCCACCAGGCGCUGGAGCGGACGGCUCGCCAGAGCGACGGGCCUCUGGACCUGUCCGUCAAGAGAGACUCGACUGAUUCGGUUAGUGAUGUGAGGGAGGACAGCAGCCUUAAAGAUAACAUGACGGAGACGGAGGAGGAGGACGAGGACCUGGAGGAGAAAAAAGAGGAAGAAGAGAGCGAGAGGAAGGCGAUGAAGGCUUCCCUGGAGAGUCGGAAGCAGUCGUUGGACAUGCUGAUCAAGAUGAGCCAGGCGUCGGUGGUGAACACAGAGGUGCUCUCUCCUAGCGGUCUCAGCAUGAGGCCCAGUCCUGCUGAGGCCUUAUGGCCAAGCAGAACCACCAAGUGUGAGGCGGACUCCAGCGUGCUGCUCUGUCCCGACGGGCGAUCAGUGGUGUUCACUGACAUCCCCUCCUCCGCCAAGACACAAAAGAGACCCCCGUCCAUACAGCGACUAGAAGCCCAGUGUCCUCCGAGCCCUUUGACAGCUACUGACAAUUAAACUUGUGACUGUAAUAUAACUUUAAAUGCAGUUGUCUUCAUUAUUACUGCAUGCCUUUGAUUUCCACUGGCUGGAGGAGGACUGUCACUCUCACCCUGAGUUUAACUUCACAAAAUCCUCAAACAUGUUGCACCUUAUAAAACAAACAGGGAAUGAAUGACAAGAUUUGAGAAGAAAAUGUCUUCAAAUGCACUACGGACAUUGAUUGUUACAAUGAGAUUCUCCUAAAAGUACACUUCAGAUGUAACAUCAACACUUAAUAGUUUCCAUCAUUUUCAUUUCAACAAUUAAGCGCAUUAAAAUCAUGUUGAGAGACAAUCCUGUGAAUGGAUUUGUAAAUACUGUAAUUACAAUAAAUGUAAGUAAAAUGUUUUAAAGGGUAAAUGGUUUUAUAUGGAUGAUGUCAUGUUGGACUGCAUCAUUUCACUUGAUGACUAUAAAUUGUAUUAUACACACUGUAUUUCUUUGAAUAAACUGAGU